AAUUACACUUCCAAAACUAAUAAUAACAAGGCCUCUAUAACUAAUAAUUCUAAUGCCUCUGAGGUUGUUAUCCUAGUAGGUUAUAUAUCUAGAUCAUAUAGUCCUAUAUUUUAUAAGACUUAUAUUGUAGAUCUGUAA